AAAAACAAAAGAGAGAAAUCACAGUAAAUGAAUAUCUUGUUCACAAACUGAAAACUAAGAAAGGGCGUUGAAAGAAAGAAUUGCAUUGGAUUGACAAUCGAUAAUCGAAAGAGAUCAGAGAGAGAGAGAGAGAGAGAGAGAUCAAUGGAAUAUCUGUUAAUUAUCAUUCAACAAUAUCUAGGGAUUGAUUUGAGUUGUGCAAUUGGAUCUCUUCGUAACGGAAACUUUCCUCACAAACAAUGCUUGCUUCCUCUCAUUUCCAAACUCCUCGGUUACGCCAUCGUCGCCGCUUCCACCACCGUCAAACUCCCUCAGAUUUUGAAAAUUUUGAAGCAUCGAAGUGUGCGAGGACUUAGCUUGUUGUCGUUUGAGCUUGAAGUUGUUGGAUAUACCAUAUCACUGGCUUACUGUCUUCACAAAGGCCUUCCUUUUUCGGCUUAUGGAGAAUUGUUGUUUCUUUUGAUACAAGCGUUUGUAUUGGUUGCCAUAAUCUACUACUUUUCUCAACCUUUGAGUACAACCACAUGGAUUCGGCCAUUGAUAUAUUGUGCUGUAGCACCCACUAUCUUAGCUGGUCAAAUUGAUCCUCUUCUCUUUGAGGCCUUGUAUGCAUCUCAGCAUGCAAUAUUUCUGUUUGCAAGGAUCCCACAAAUAUGGCAAAACUUUUCUAAUAAAAGUACAGGGGAGCUUAGCUUCUUAACUUCUUUUAUGAAUUUUGGAGGUUCAAUGGUUAGAGUAUUCACCACCAUCCAAGAAAAUGCCCCAAAAAGUGUAUUUUUGUGAUUGUGCCAUUGUGGAUGAGUUUAUAGUGCAUGAAUGUUGGAGUUAAGCUAAUGGCCAAAAGGUGUUUUAGUUGGCCCUGGAGAAAAAACUGUUGGAUUUCCAUGCUUUGAUGGUAGAUAUUGUUGACAUGGUUUACAUCAGAACAAGUGUUUGCCUGUUCAGUUUAAAUUUCUGUGGAAGCCGAUGGGAAAAAACCACAUUCCAAGGCACUUUUUACCAGACCAAAGAAAUGUAGCCUUGAUCAAACUCCCAUUUAAGAGCCUUCCCAACUCCAUAACUGAUAGGACCCCAAAUGAGAUGGUGGGUUCAAAGGGACAGUCAGUGCAUUGGUUGCCUAGGCCCAUAGUGUGGAGAGUUUAUGUUAAAUAGAGAAGGAAUAAUGGGAAUAUCCACGUGAGUGAGAGUGAAGAGAAAAGUGGUAAAUGAGUUGUAUAAGGAUGAUGAGGGGAGAGAGGAAGGUAUCAAGUAGAAUCAUUCACUUUGUUAGGGGAGAGAGCAUUGGUUCUCUGAAGGAGCUUAGCUUUGUGGAAAUAGGAUCUUCAUCCUAUUGUAUUUUUUUCCUUUGAUUUUCAGAAAUAAUACACUCUUCAUUGUCCAUUAUUGCUAUGUUUUCUUCCAUUUACUGUUUAUGUAAUCUGGGUUUGCAUCAAAAACAAACAUGCACAUUUUGAAAUUUUGAAAUACCCAUUCUCAUCUUCCCCUUUCUAUGAAGCUGUUCUAAAAUCGGCAUUUGAAAAUUUGAAGACAAAACUAGCCAGACCACUAUUUGUAGCUGAAGAGUAGAGUGAAACACUUCGUAUUGAGUGUUAGGAUUUGGAUACUCAUCUCUCUCUUAAAAAAAUUAAAUUUUUCUUUGAGAGGGAGAUAGAGUAACAGUUAUAUUGCAAUAUUUAUGGCCCCCUACACCAGAAAACAUAGGUUCCUGUUCGAUGGAAUUUGUGUAUUUCCCUCUCCAAGAAUGGAUGCUCAUUUUUCUUAAGGAUGAGUCUAUGAGAGCGUUACUUUUGUUCAUUAUUUAGUCACAGAGAUACUUAAUAAUUUAUUUAUCAAGUCACAUUCAUAUACAGAUCUCUUGGAUGAUCUAAUGAACAAGAUUGUAGAUCACUCGAGAACUCAAACACUACAGACUAGCUUUUCUUAAUCCUUAUGAAGCAGAAAACCCAAAGUUCAUUUUUUGUUGCUUAUAUAUACGUGUAUAAAAAUGUUCUGUGAUGCCAACUGUAAAUUUCUAAUUUAUUCGUAGAAAAUGGUUAUUUUUCAAUAGUUUCUUCCU